CUCCCUCCCUCCCUUCCUCAAGCUCCUCCACACUCCCAUUAUUCCUAUUAUCUUUUCACCGUCAAACUGUCACCACAACGCACACCCAUCGAUUAAUUCUAUUUGUGAUUCUCCGAAUCUACCUACACACUCAAGCUCUUUGUCUUCCCUCAUCACCUGCGAUCUCUGCUCUGUCUUAUCUUAGCCGCCGUACUCUUUCCCGGUCACCUACCUCCCUUACCAUCUCAUCUUUCUGCCUCCCUUUUAAUCAAUCUCUCUUAUUCUAAUCCACCUUCCGCACCCCCCUCCCCUCACGGUCUUUCCCCCCCCCCCCCUGUUCACCGCAUUUACCUUUCCUCCUGUCCACCUCCUCUCGGACUCCGACAACCUUCACUUGAACAUCCACUCAGCCUCUUUGGUGACUUUCUUGGGUAGCCCAAGGUUUACAAUAUGGUUGUAGCCACAAUCAAGUGUGUUGUCGUCGGUGAUGGUGCGGUUGGAAAGACUUGCCUGUUAAUUUCGUACACAACGAACAAGUUCCCCUCGGAAUAUGUUCCUACCGUCUUCGACAACUAUGCUGUCACGGUCAUGAUUGGCGAUGAGCCAUACACCUUGGGUCUCUUUGAUACCGCCGGUCAGGAGGAUUAUGAUCGCCUCCGUCCUCUUUCCUACCCCCAAACCGAUGUCUUUCUCGUCUGCUUCUCCGUCACUUCCCCCGCCUCCUUCGAGAACGUCCGCGAAAAAUGGUUUCCCGAAGUCCACCACCACUGCCCUGGUGUUCCUUGCUUAAUUGUUGGCACUCAAACCGAUUUGCGCGACGACCCCGCUGUUCGGGAAAAGCUUUCUCGUCAAAAGAUGCAGCCCAUUCGCAAGGAAGACGGAGACCGGAUGGCCAAAGAACUGGGUGCUGUGAAAUACGUGGAGUGCUCCGCCUUGACGCAGUACAAGCUCAAGGACGUCUUUGAUGAGGCCAUCGUUGCCGCCCUGGAGCCUGCUCCCAAGAAGUCUAAGAAGUGUGUGGUAUUGUAA